AUGACUGUCACAAGUGUGCCGUCUGGCAUCCCCAAGGAGAUGCGCCUCAUUGAGGCCGUCAAAUUGUAUCCAAAGAUCACCAGGUAUACGUUCUUCAUCAUGUCGGCUAUUGUGCUUUAUGGCUUCGACCUCGUCAUUGUAGGAGCAAUUACAGCUGUACCUGGAUUUCAAAAGGACUUUGGUCAACUUCACGACGACAAGCACAUCAUACCAGCUUCUUGGCUGUCACUGUGGCAAGCGCUCGGACCGUUCGGCGCUCUCGUAGGAGCCAUGCUUGCCGGAUGGGUACAGGAUCGAGUCGGACGAAAGAUGUGUUUGGCAGGCGCAAGUUUCCUUUCUGCUGUAUCGGUUGCUGUUCUGUUCGUCAGCAACCGACCUGCGGCAAUAGACACGCGACGAGCUGUGUUUCUCGUGGGCAAGAUCGUUCAGGGCGUCGCAGUCGGCAUGAUCAAUAUUCAAGCCAUCACAUACGUCUCCGAAACGAUACCAACCUGUCUUCGAGGACCGGCUCUGGCUCUCUUUCCGGCCUUCACUCUUCUGGGUCAGCUAAUUGGUUCCGUGGUUGUAUUCCUGGUCUCUGACCUCGAGAACGAAUCGUCAUACCUCAUUGCCUUUGCAACAAUGUGGCCAUUCUCGGUUGGCCCUUUUGUCCUGGCCCUAUUGAUGCCGGAAUCGCCAGCCUAUCUUAUCCGACGGAAACGCAUGGACGACGCACGCAGCUCAAUUCGUCGGCUGUUCGCGCCCAAGGUUGAUCCAGAAGAGGUCUUCGAGAAAACUCGCCUGUCCAUCGAAGUCGAAGAGCGUCUGGCUCGCCAAGUCACAUACAUGGACUGCAUCAAACCCGCACAUCGGCGCCGCACAUGGAUCGUCGUCUUUGCGGCCAUGAUCACUUCGAUAAUCGGCUUGCCGCUGCUUUCUACUGCUAGCUACUUUCUCCAGGUUGUUGGCAUGAGCUCCUUCAAUUCUCUCCUGUUCCUUAUCGUCGGCAUUAUCCUUGGUCUCAUCGCCAAUGCUGUCUCCGUUUGGAUACUCAGCCGUGUCGGCCGCCGCCGACUGACUAUAUACACGCUCAUCAUUGGUGGUAUGUUAUGGGGCGGCAUGGGCAUCUGUGGAUUCUGGGAUGGGGUUAUUACCGUCUGGUAUACCGCCAUCUCAUGCAUGAUCAUCGUCAUCAUUGUUGGCGUCGGUGCCUGGCCUGCUAGCUUUGCCAUCAGAUCGGAAGCGUCAUCUCUCAGACUGCGCAGCAAGACCCAGGGCCUUGCAGGAUUGUUCGACCAUCUGAGUACUAUCGUACUCAACCUUAUCCUCCCGUACAUCUACAACCCUGACCAGGGAAACCUCAAAGCAAAGACUGGAUUUGUCUUCGCAGGGCUGUGCCUUGUUGGCGCGGCCGUGACAUUCUACGACGUUCCGGAAAUGAAAGGCCGGACUGUGCUCGAGAUUGAUGCCAUGUUUCGGCUUGGCCUGAAGACCAGGGAGUUUCGCAAUUGGAGAGGUACAACGGAAGAGAUUGAAGCUGCUGUGCGGGAGGUUGAGGGUGACGAUGCAAUGGAGCUCCUGCGAGCGCGGGAAGGCAGCAAGGCCACGUCUGCUGAGCUUCCGGCGAGGUCAAGUGAAUCAUGA